GGAUUUAUACGCGCCAUCUAGGAUAGAUCCAAAAUUGUUCUGAAAGUUUCGGUAGAUAAAAUAGUGCUUUCAGCACAACACAACACACAAUGAACCCGAAUUUUCAAGACAUAGGAACAGCUUUUGUAACAGCCUACUACCAGGCCUUCGACAGUUGUGGAAAUUCUGAGGAAAGGGCCGCCAAACUGUCACAGUUCUAUCAUCCUGAAGCUUUAAUGAUAUUUGAAGAUGAUCAAAAACAAGGCAAAGAAGCAAUUUGUGAAAAAAUUAAGAGCUUACCUUUCCAGCAAGUACAACAUGUGAUAACCAAAACAGACUGUCAACCAACUUUGGAUGGGGGAGUUUUAAUUAUGAUCUUAGGACAAUUACAGGCAGAUCAAGACAAACCAUUAGGAUUUUCUCAUGUCUUUCAGCUUCGUCCAGAGGCUGGGGGAGCUUUUUUCAUUAUGCAUGAAAUCUUCAGGCUAGCAGUCUACAAUUAUGCAGCAUGAAAAAUUUCUUAAUACUAGAUAUGAAUGAAGAUUCCUGGGGCAUGUUUAACAAGUAUAAAUGAAAAUUAUUGCAAGAAGUAUGUUUUUUUUUCUGUCCGUGGCCAUCGAUGUAUAAAAGUGUGUUUAUGCAGUUUUCUAUUAAUAUGCAUUUAAUAAGUCAAGAGCUCCACUUUUUUGUGGAUCUUAUUUUUUUUUGAGUGUACAACCUUUUUUAUGCUUUUUUUUGCCUGAAAAAAUAAAAUGAUUCACUUUUUAAAUGAAUCAGAUGAUUGUAUUAAAUAAUGAUGUGAAACUUGUGUUUCAGCUAUACAAUUUGCUAAUUACUGUCCUAGCACUGCAUACAUCUAUUAGUAAAGGAGUCAAUACAAAUGUAACCAGCCUACAAGUAUCUACACAAAUCUGAUAGAGAAACCAUUGCAUGUAAAUGUUUCUAAACCCUUAUCAUUUACAUUCAAAGAUUUGGAAUUAAGUUUUGUUGUGAAAGAUUUUUUUUUUGUAUGGAAUUUUUACCUCCUUUAGGGAUAGAUUUAUUGAACAUAAGUUCCAGGUGCAAGAAAUUGGUGCAGUUUGAAAUAUUCAGAUGAUACAAAUUAAAUACUGUGUUGUUUAUAGGACAUUUUCAGGAAUAUUUAUAAAUGUACUGUUAAGCGUUCAAGUAAGCCACAAGAGCAUGAAAAAUACAGUUGAACUUCAAUAUCCCGAACAGGAUAUAUGUCAGAGUGAGUUGGAAAUCCCAGCACUUUAUGUAUUUUAAUUUCUUUAUCUUGACCCCUCUGAUAUUGAUUUUUUCCCAUCAAGGUUUGACUGUAUUGGAAAAGAGGAUGCUUAUUAGAUUUGCCUUUUACUAGUAGUAGGUUUUGUAGUACAUGUAAUUGAAAAAAAAAAAAAACUUUGAAACUCAUUGAUUUACCAUGAUGUAUAACUUUCUAGCAAGCUAAAAAAUCUAUUGAUGUUUUAUUUAUUUAAAUUUUUCAUAAAGUCAGAGGAUGGGACAUGUUAUAAGCGUGAAAUUAUAUAAAAAUAUGGACAGUUACUGAGAUGAAUAAGUGUACCAGUAAUUGUUUUUUUUUUGUGUUGUCAAUUCAGUGUAUAAAAGUAAACUAAAAAAUGAUGUGAAGAUCAAAGAUGAAUGAGUUGUUUUUAUUUUUAAUUAGACAUUCAUUAAGUCAACUUUAACAAUUCAAGAAAUUGCUGAAAACAGAUUGGGUUGUAUACUUAAGUUUGAUAGUUCUCUGGAGAAAACUUUUAGUAAUAACUUGAUAAAUGGACUGAUUUUAGCAGUUUGAACCUUUUAUUCCAAUGUACGUUGGUUGUAGAUAUUCUUCAGUUAAGGAAGCUCUAAACACUGCACGCUAUUUGUAGGGUAGUUUUAUUGAGGUAGAGUGAUCUGCCCUUAGAAGAAAAAAUAGUAUAAAUGGCUAUCUACAGUUAAUGACACAAUUUCUUAUGAAUUAAAGUUAUUCUUAAUGUUAUGUUAGACCAAGAUUAAGUAAUUAAAUACAUUAUUUCCAUUAAUUUUCCCAAUGCAAGUAAACAACAGUGAUUUCUGUUCACAAAUAGUUCAUUGUCAUUGAACAUUUUUUCUGCAGAAAUAAAGCAGGCACCCUAUGUUGAAAAUGAACUAGAUACACUGAGUAUGUGCACUUUUAUAUGAUAUAUUUUUCUCAAAGCCCAAAAAGCAUUUUUCAUUAGUGUUUAGAGCUUCCUUAAAAGUAGUAUUUCUACAUUUAGUAAUUUGGUUGUAGUGUACAAGAAAAUCUUUCAAGCUCUUGAAUUUAACUUGAGAAAGUGUAGUUUAAGUAUUCGUUGGCUUCUUCACACAAAUGAUAUAAGACAAAAUGUAUAAAUGCUUUCAAAAUAAAAAAAAAUGUAUGUGUUUGUGUAGAAUAUUUAGGCUUUCAGUUUGUAAACAGUAUUGUUGAAAUCCUGUAUUAAAUAUGUCCUUAUUGCACCACUGAAAUUAAUAAAAUACCUAAUAAAAAUUA